AUGUUGAACCUGAGGAACUUGGCGUGGACAGCCUUUCUCUUCGCCUCCUACUCGUGUUCCCAAGCUACACAGUCGUUGACUUCUCUCGACACGUCCAUAUGCAACGUGGGCAGUCCCUUGACGACGUUUUCUGCCUGUAACUAUCUGAACGAUCAGCUCAACUACUGCGCCGGCCCUCAAGUCGCCAGUGGAGCUCCAUUCGUAUCUUGCUAUUGCAACCAAAAGGUGUUCAAUGCCUUCUACGACUGCGAAAGCGAAUAUCGCCUCUGCCUCCUCAACGACUAUUUCGACGGGGACGCACAGAACCUCAUUUCACUCUGGAACAGCGCGUGUGACGACGCCAUCACCUUCUCGCCGACGACUCCCGUCCUGUCCACGCUGACCUCCACGUACGAUGUUGGCUAUUGCACGACCGCCCAGUCCGCGUGCGCGGUGGAAGAGGUGGCCCUGUCGAGCUGCUCCGUCAAUUACCUGGGCAAAGACGACCAGAAGUUCUCGUCUUGCUUCUGUGCCCCGUCAUUCCUCUCGGCGCAAUACACCUGCGGAUUCCUGGGGAACGUCUCGUGUCAACAAGUCCCGGCGACUCUGACGAAUCUUGUAGGCUAUAGUUAUUGCUCCAAUUUCAUGUCGGUUCUUGGAGGGAGCUCGGGAAGUGUACCCGCGUCCGUGUCCGCCAACAGCACCGGUACUAGUAGUGCGAGUCAUAGUACAGCACACCUGUCGAGCUCUGCGUCGAGUACCUUCUCAAUCACGACGCCGGCGUUGCCAGGGUCUUCGUCGGCUGGCGGUCCAUCUGCUCCGACUUCCACCAGAAACAGUGCGGAUAGACGAAACCUGAGCGGAGCUACAGUGUUAAGCGCGGCCGUGUUUCUGAUCUUGGUCCUAAUUCUGUAG